AUGCCGCGCGGAGGAAAUGAUGAAGCCGUCGGUGAUCAAGGCGAAGUUUCCAAUCAAGCGAUUAUGAACAAGCUACUCCUGCUACUGGACCGGUUAACUACGAAUCAAGCCGCUCCGGGUAAUCUGCCUUCAAGAAACACGCCUGAACAGAUCAUCGAGUCGCUUUCCGCGACAAUCAAGGAGUUUCACCAUGAUCCAGCCGCCGGAAUGACGUUUGCAAGAUGGUUCUCGAAGUAUGAAGAUUUAUUCAGCGCUGACUGGAGAGAACUGGAUGACGCAGCAAAAAUUCGUCUGCUCCUGCGAAGUCUCAGCGUUCCGGUUCAUGAAAAGUUUUUGAACUAUCUCCUGCCACGACACCCACGGGACUUCACCUUCGAAGAAGUAGUGAAGAAACUCAAAUCCGUCUUCGGACACCAGCAGUCCCAGUUCAAUCAACGGUACGAUUGCCUCAGGAAGAACGAAGCCGACGAUUUCGUAACUUAUGCUGGCAUCGUCAACCGCCAGUGUGAGGACUUCGAACUCAACAAGCUGACCAUCGACCAAUUCAAGGGACUGAUUUUCGUUUGCGGUCUUCAGUCAUCCAAAGAUGCGGACGUCAGGACAAGAUUACUAUCGAAGCUGGAAGCAGACACGGCAGCAACGGUAAACCUCGAGACUCUAGUCACCGAAUGUCAGAGACUGUCGAAUCUCAAACACGACACGGCUCUGGUGGAGAAGAAGCAACCAUCUUCGUCGGUCCAGGCAGUUCGGCAACCAAGGCAGCCGAAAUCCGCUGGUUCUCAACAUUCAAGCGAGAAGACUCCUCGAACACCGUGCUGGCAAUGUGGCGCCAUGCAUUUCGUCAAAAAUUGUCCAUGCUUCGCCAAGGUUUCCAAAUCAGAAGCUACAUCCGGCACCUCACCGAAUGCCGUUCGUCAGAAGAAGAGAAGUGGCAAGAACCCAGGCAGACAUCCAGCUCAGUCCAACCACAUCCUUUCUGUCAACGCAGUAGCAGCACCAAGUCGUAAGUACGUCACUGCUCUCAUCAACGAUAAGCCGGCGCACCUCCAGCUGGACUGUGGUUCGGACAUCACGAUCGUCUCCGUUCAAACGUGGAAGAAGCUUGGAUCACCAUCAAUCACCAAUUCAUCCCAUCGUGCGAAUACAGCUUCAGGCGCUGCACUUCCGCUGAAGGGGGAAUUUCGAUGUCGGAUGACCAUCAACAAUGAAUCCAGGACUGGUACUUGCUUUGUCACGUCGGUGAAGAACUUGAACCUCCUGGGACUGGAUUUCAUCGAAGCAUUCGAUCUGUGGAACAAACCGCUCGCUUCCAUCUGCAAUCAGGUAAAUCAGCCCAGUUUCAAUCCGGAUUGUGGAAACCGAUACCUCACUCGAUACCCCGAAGUAUUCAAGGACAAGUUGGGUCAUUGCACGAGGACGAAGGUCAAGCUGUUCCUGAAACCACAGGCAAAGCCGGUGUUCCGCCCGAAGCGACCAGAAGUGGACUUCUCCGAAUGGGCCGCACCAAUUGUCGUUGUGAAGAAGCCAGGAGGAAAAGUUCGCAUAUGCGCUGAUUAUUCGACGGGACUGAAUGCUGUUCUGGAACCACACCACUACCCUCUUCCGACACCCGAUGACAUCUUCAGCAAGCUGGCGGGUAGCAAGAUCUUCAGUGUCAUUGAUCUCUCGGACACUUACCUGCAAGUUGAAGUCGACGAUGAAUCAAAGAAGCUCCUAACGAUAAAUACACAUCGAGGAUUGUUCCAGUUUAACCGGCUAGCUCCGGGUGUGAAAUCCGCACCUGGUGCAUUCCAACAAUUGAUGAGCAGUAUGAUCGCAGGAUUAGAAGGAGUGGAAUCAUUCCUGGACGAUUUCAUCGUACACACCAAAACGGAGGCUGAACACGAAGAAACCUUGCAAGCUCUGUUCACGAGACUUCAGCAGUUUGGAUUCAACUUACGGUUAGAGAAAUGCAAAUUCGGCCAAACCAGUAUCAAGUUCAUUGGCCACAUUGUCGGUCCUGAAGGUAUUCGUCCAGAUUCUGCCAAAAUCAGUGCGAUUGUCCAGAUGCCCCGUCCCACCGAUGUCAAUCAAGUCAGAUCAUUCCUAGGAGCAGUCAACAUCUACGGCAAGUUCGUCAGAGAAAUGCACCAACUGCGUCGACCGUUGGACAACUUGUUGAAGAAGGACAGUAAAUUCGUUUGGAGUCCACAGUGUCAAGAAGCUUUCAUCAACAUCAAGAAAGUGUUCCAAUCCGAUCUGCUGUUAACCCACUACAACCCCAGUUUGGACAUCAUCGUAGCCGGAGACGCCUCGAAGACUGGAAUCGGUGCCGUAAUCAUGCAUCAGUUUCCUGACGGCCAAAUCAAAGCUUUUGCACACGCAUCAAGAACGCUAACGCAAUCGGAACAGAACUACAGUCAAAUGGAGAAAGAAGCACUCGCUCUGGUGUUCGCAGUGCCCAAAUUUCGACGCAUGCUGCUGGGUUGCCAUUUCAACCUCCAGACCGAUCACCAACCGCUCCUGAAGAUAUUCGGAUCCAAGAAAGGAAUUCCACUCCACACCGCUAAUCGUCUCCAGAGAUGGGCACUUACACUACUCGGAUUUGAUUUUGCUGUGGAAUACAUCCCUACUGACCAGUUUGGGCACGCAGACGUCCUCUCCCGGUUAAUCAACAAUCAUGAGAAACCAGAUGAAGAAGUUGUAGUUGCUGCAGUCGGCAUCGAAGAGGAAAUGGACAGUACACUUUGUGACACGUUCAACAACCUUCCAGUCACGUUCGAAAUGGUUCGUUCUGCCACGAAGAAGGACAAGUUUUUGCAGCAGGUUGUCGCGUACAUCAACACUGGUUGGCCGUCCAUCAAGCAAAUUUCGGAUCCGGACCUCAAGACGUUCCAUUCCCGGCGAGAAUCACUAUCGACCGUUAAGGAUUGUAUCAUGUUCAGUGACCGAAUCGUUGUGCCAGCUGUAUUCCGUUCCCGGAUUUUGAAGCAACUUCACCGUGGUCACCCUGGCAUUGAGCGGAUGAAGUCAGUUGCGCGCAGUAUCGUUUAUUGGCCUGGAAUUGAUGAAGACAUUCAAGAUUUCGUUCGACGUUGUUCCAUAUGUGCCAGUGCAGCGAAGUCGCCACCACAAGUCCAGCCUCAACCGUGGUCCAAAGCGGAAGGUCCCUGGAAACGGAUUCAUCUGGACUACGCCGGACCGAUCGAUGGGAUGUCAUAUCUGGUCAUCGUCGAUUCCUUCAGCAAGUGGCCAGAAAUUUUCCAAACACGAUCAACGACAGCGAGUUCGACUAUCGGAAUUUUGAGGGAAACUUUUGCAAGAUUCGGAGUUUCUGAUACCAUAGUUUCGGACAAUGGAAGCCAAUUUUGCAGUAGCGAGUUCCAGCAGUUCUGUGAAUAUUCCGGUAUCAUCCACAUCCGUACCGCUCCUUAUCAUCCACAGUCAAAUGGACAGGCGGAGCGCUUCGUGGACACCCUCAAGCGUUCACUGCGGUUAAUCGUCGAGGCGAACAACAAGACGAAGCAAGACACUGUGCUUCUCAGGAUAAUGAUGGAGGACCGGAAGUUGAAGGAGUUGGGUGAAAACGCGACGAAGAUCAGACGUGCCCAAAAAGGGGUGAUGCUGUUUCAGCUCAAGAAGGAUCCCUCGGUUAAGAGCUUAGAGUACAGGGAGCUCAUUGCGAAAUCCUUGGGUAACGAGGCCACCGUGAGAGCUCUUUCGCAGGAGGCAGUGAUCAAGGUCAAAGAUGUGGACGAAAUUACGACUGAGAAAGAGCUGAGGAACGCGUUGACCGAGUAA